AUGGAUCUUUUACUAUCUUUUGAGAAGGCAACAGGGAAAAAACCACUGGGGAUCAUAUUCUAUAGGGAUGGUGUGUUUCCAAGGCGAGAAACAUUUCCAGAUUUGGACUGUGUUGACUCGUUUUUGCUUAAAUAUUCAAACAUGGUGCAAUACAAUUUCAAGAAAAUCACAAGGGUAAAGUUGGUGGAAGAAAAGAAUAUGAAGCCACUUGAUUCAAAUCUUGCAGCAUUAUCAGCAAGAUGCAGUAAAGACUUGGAGUUGAAUUUGGGAAUUCUCCCUGGAUUAGGUGAAGUGGCAGUGAAAAGAUUGGCAAGCCAAUCUGGACAAGGGCUCAAGGAAUUCAAAAAUGAAGUUGUGUUAAUUGGGAAACUUCAACAUCGUAAUCUUGUUAGGCUCUUAGGUUACAGCAUGAAGGAUCAUGAAAUGAUACUACUCUAUGAAUACAUGCAUAAUAAAAGCUUGGACCGUUUCAUCUUUGUUAAGACCCUUUCUGUGUGUCUUGAUUGGGAUUUACGGUUUGAUAUCAUCAUGGGGAUUGCUCGAGGACUUUUGUAUCUUCACCAAGAUUCACGGUUGAGGAUUAUUCAUAGAGAUUUGAAAGCGAGUAAUGUGUUAUUAGAUGAAGAUAUGAAUCCCAAGAUUUCAGACUUUGGUUUGGCAAAGAUAGUUAAAGGCCAAGAAACUGAAGAUAAUACCACGAGAGUUGUUGGAACCUAG